AUGUCUGAUAUAACAGCGGAGCUCGCGGUGGAUACGAAUGUUGAAGGAGAUGCAAAGCCUGCGUUGCUGUCUGUUCAAUCGCCGGCGAAGCAGUUCUCUGUGUAUGAAGCGACUUCGGAAGAGCUUAUAGAACGAUCAAUGGCUCCAAUUAAGAAGGAGUUCCUGUGUCCUCCUCCUCCAAGCCGUGCCGGGAAGCCAAAUGACGACGCCGACAUUAAGGCGCCUCAGACGGGAUUGGUCCAGGAGAAGAAAUCAAAACGGCAACAAAAACGGGAGCGCCGUGAGAAAUCCACCAUCAAUCUCUGUCCACAGAUUGCAAGAACAGAAGACGUCAAUUCGUGUCAGUAUAAAGAGAAAUGCCGGUUUAAUCAUGACAUUGAAGCCUUCAAGGCUCAGAAACCAGAGGAUAUAGAAGGGCAAUGCCCAUUUGUGGCCUCCGAAAUGAAGUGCCCGUAUGGUUUGUCAUGCAGAUUCUAUGGCACCCACAGAGAUAUCGCUGAUGGGGAGGGAAACUCAGAGAUGAACUUUUUUAACAAAGAGACACAGAGGCUUUUGUGGAAAAAUAAGAUGACUUAUAUCAAAGCAGAUGCUAAACUCAAGUCCCUCGGACUCUUGGGGAAUGCCAGAAAAAUCAAUGUUGCUGAAGAAAAUAACGCUGAAAACACUCAAAAUGGUGCAAGCGGCACUCAAGCAACUGAAGUAGCGGUUGACUCGGCUGUCGGUUCUGAGCAAUUGGCAUCAGAUAUGACAGAAGAUGUUGAUAUUCCUGCACCAUUGGAAGCUGAUGAAGUUCGUCCCAUGAAAAAGGCAAAAUCUGAGAGUGAGCAGAACUCUAACCCUGGAGAUGUUGGUGGAGUUGAUGAUGGCAUGAAAGUGGAAGAGGAAACGGAAAAGAACGGGUUUUCUACUUUAAAAGCCCAAGUUGAAGAUGAGGAUAGCAUUAAAACUGCUGAAACUGAUGGGAGUCUAAAGUUGCACCCUCGUGAAAAGAUAAAGCUUAUAGAUUUUAGGGAUAAGUUGUACCUUGCACCCCUAACAACUGUGGGCAAUCUUCCCUUCAGAAGACUUUGCAAAGUGUUGGGAGCAGAUGUGACCUGUGGUGAGAUGGCCAUGUGCACAAAUCUUUUGCAGGGACAAGCUUCGGAAUGGGCUCUGCUUAGACGGCAUUCAUCGGAAGAUCUGUUUGGUGUACAGAUAUGCGGUUCUUUUCCUGACACGGUGUCGCGUGUGGUUGAGCUUAUAGAUCGAGAAUGCACGGUUGAUUUCAUUGACAUCAACAUGGGCUGCCCUAUAGAUAUGGUUGUUAACAGAAGUGCUGGCUCAGCUCUCCUCAACAAACCGUCACGAAUGAAGAACAUCGUUGAAGUCUCUUCUUCCAUUGUUGAAACGCCUAUCACUAUCAAGGUUCGUACGGCGUUCUUUGAGGGUAAGAACCGGAUAGAUUCGUUGAUUUCGGAUAUUGGGAAGUGGGGAGCCAGUGCAGUGACGAUCCAUGGGCGGUCGAGGCAGCAACGUUAUAGCAAGUCUGCGGAUUGGGACUAUAUAUACAAAUGUACCAAAAACGCUUCCCCUGACCUACAAGUUAUAGGAAAUGGAGAUGUCUACUCUUAUUUAGACUGGAACAAACACAAGUCUGACUCUCCUGAGUUGUCUAGCUGCAUGAUUGCUCGUGGAGCGCUCAUCAAGCCUUGGAUAUUUACUGAAAUUAAAGAGCAACGGCACUGGGACAUAACCUCCGGAGAAAGACUUAACAUCUUCAAGGACUUCGUUCGUUUCGGUCUUCAGCAUUGGGGAUCCGACACAAAAGGUGUUGAGACGACAAGGCAUUUCUUGCUGGAAUGGCUAAGCUACACGUUUAGGUACAUACCCGUAGGGUUGCUUGAUGUGAUCCCGCAGCAAAUCAACUGGCGUCCUCCUUCUUACUUUGGUCGUGAUGAUCUCGAGACACUCAUGAUGUCUGAAUCUGCUGGUGACUGGGUGCGUAUAUCGGAAUUGCUGCUUGGAAAGGUCCCUGAAGGCUUCAUGUUUGCUCCCAAGCACAAAUCCAACGCUUAUGACCGAGCUGAAAAUGGCUGA